AUGAAGUCUUCUCCAUGGAGAAGACGAAGAGUUCGUCUUUUCCAUGGGAAAGACAAUGGAAAGACGAACCUUUCUUCUCCAUGGAGAUGGUUUCUCUAUGGAAAAGCCAGAACCACAAACCAGCUACUAAUUUCUUUGAUAGCCACGAUGGUUUAUAAAUUGGAGAAGUACAGUGGGCUGCGGCGGGUCGCAGCUGUGAACAAGGAAGAUAUGUAUAUGGAGAAGAAGUUAAGAAGUCUAAUUAACAUUGGAAAUCCCGAAAAACUAGGAAUGAAAUUAGAUUAUAACCACACCCACACCUAUACAACCACAUUCCUGCAAGAGAGAAGAUCAGUUACCCAAUCUGUAACAGGAAGUUACUAUAGAUUGUGGAAGAAAAUAAAGGACAUUCUAUAUAAGCCGUUUCUCUCUUCUUCUCCGGCGCUCCUUCCUCCACCGGCGCUCCUUCCUCCACCGCUGAUCCUUCCUCCACCGCUCUUCCUUCCUCCACCGCCGCUCUCUCUGCCGUUUCUUUCUUCUUCUCCAUUGUUGCCGUUCAUUGCCGCUCCUUCCUCCACCGCCCCUCUUUCCUCCACCGCUGCUGCUGCUCUUUCCUUCACCGCCGCUCCUUCCCCGUCCAGAAAAUCGGUUUCCAAAUUUUCGGUGCCGCUGCCACCCGCCGUCCGACUGCCAUCAGCCUCCUCCUUCAGUUCGCAGGCUUCCCUGGAAAAUGGGUGA